AUGUGGGUGCAUGUUUUUCUCCUUAUUUCUCUCUUGUUGUUGUUCUUCACUCUCACUGUUUUUCUCUUUGUUGUCUUUCUAUUUUUUUCCUUUUCUCUCUUUCUCUCUGUUGUUCCUCUUCUAUCUCUUUCUCUCUCUGUUGUUCCUCUCUGCUCUCUUUCUCUCUCUGUGGUUCCUCUUCUAUCUCUUUCUCUCUCUGUGGUUCCUCUUCUAUCUCUUUCUCUCUCUGUGGUUCCUCUUCUAUCUCUUUCUCUCUCUGUGGUUCCUCUUCUAUCUCUUUCUCUCUCUGUGGUUCCUCUUCUAUCUCUUUCUCUCUCUGUUGUUCCUCUUCUAUCUCUUUCUCUCUCUGUUGUUCCUCUUCUAUCUCUUUCUCUCUCUGUUGUUCCUCUUCUAUCUCUUUCUCUCUCUGUUGUUCCUCUUCUAUCUCUUUCUCUCUCUGUUGUUCCUCUUCUAUCUCUUUCUCUCUCUGUUGUUCCUCUUCUAUCUCUUUUCUCUCUCUGUUGUUCCUCUUCUAUCUCUUUCUCUCUCUGUUGUUCCUCUCUCUCUUUCUCUCUUCUCUCUUGUUCCUCUCUCUUCUCUCUUUCUCUCUGUUGUUCCUCUCUCUUCUCUUUUCUCUCUCUGUUGUUCCUCUCUCUUCUCUCUUUCUCUCUCUGUUGUUCCUCUCUUCUCUCUUUCUCUCUCUGUUGUUCCUCUCUCUUCUCUCUUUCUCUCUCUGUUGUUCCUCUCUCUUCUCUCUUUCUCUCUCUGUUGUUCCUCUCUCUUCUCUCUUUCUCUCUCUGUUGUUCCUCUCUCUUCUCUCUUUCUCUCUCUGUUGUUCCUCUCUUCUCUCUUUCUCUCUCUGUUGUUCCUCUCUCUCUCUCUUUCUCUCUCUGUUGUUCCUCUCUCCUCUCUCUUUCUCUCUCUGUUGUUCCUCUCCUCUCUCUUUCUCUCUCUUUUUCCUCUCUCCUCUCUCUUUCUCUCUCUCUUGUUUCUUCUCUCUCUCUUGUUCUCUCUCUCCUCUCUCUUUCUCUCUCUCUCUGUUUCCUCUCUCUCUCUCUUUCUCUCUCUGUUGUUCCUCUCUCCCUCUCUCUUUCUCUCUCUGUUGUUCCUCUCUCCUCUCUCUUUCUCUCUCUGUUGUUCCUCUCUCCUCUCUCUUUCUCUCUCUGUUGUUCCUCUCUCCUCUCUCUUUCUCUCUCUGUUGUUCCUCUCUCCUCUCUCUUUCUCUCUCUGUUGUUCCUCUCUCCUCUCUCUUUCUCUCUCUGUUGUUCCUCUCUCCUCUCUCUUUCUCUCUGUUGUUCUCCUCUCUCUCUCUCUUUCUCUCUCUGUUGUUCUCUCUCCUCUCUCUUUCUCUCUCUGUUUCCUCUCUCCUCUCUCUUUCUCUCUCUAUUGUUCCUCUCUCCUCUCUCUUUCUCUCUCUGUUUUCCUCUCUCCUCUCUCUUUCUCUCUCUGUUGUUCCUCUCUCCUCUCUCUUUCUCUCUGUUCCUCUCUCCUCUCUCCUCUCUCUUUCCCUCUCUCUCUCUUUUUUCUCUCUCUCUCUCUCCUCUCUCUUUCUCUCUCUUUGUUCCUCUCUCCUCUCUCUUUCUCUCUCUGUUGUUCCUCUCUCUCUCUCUCUUUCUCUCUCUGUUGUUUCCCUCUCUCCUCUCUCUUUCUCUCUCUCUCUCUUUCUCUCUCUCUCUCUCUCUCUCUCUCUCUUUCUCUCUCUCUCUCUUUCUCUCUCUCUCUCUUUCUCUCUCUCUCUCCUCUCUCCCUCUCUCUCUUUCUCUCUCCUUCUCUCUUCCUCUCUCUUUCUCUCUCUGUUGUUCCUCUCUCUUUCUCUCUCUGUUGUUCCUCUCUCUCUGUUUUUCCUCUCUCCUCUCUCUCUGUUUUUCCUCUCUCCUCUCUCUUUCUCUCUGUGUUGUUUCUCUCUCUCUCUGUGUUAUUUGUUUCUCUCUCUCUCUCUCUCUCUGUGUUAUUUGUUUCUCUCUCUCUCUCUCUCUGUGUUAUUUGUCUCUCUCUCUCUCUCUCUCUCUGUGUUAUUUGUCUCUCUUUCUCUCUCUCCCCCUCUCUUUCUCUCUCUCUCCCCUCUCUCUCCCCGUGUUGUUUCUCUCUCCUCUCUCGUUUCUCUCUCCCCCUCUCUCUCUCUCUUUUUUCUCCCCCUCUCUCUCUCUGUUGUUUCUCUCUCCCCCUCUCUCUCUCUGUUGUUUCUCUCUCCCCCUCUCUCUCUGUGUUGUUUCUCUCUCUCCCCCCUCUCUGUGUUGUUUCUCUCUCUCCCCCCUCUCUGUGUUGUUUCUCUCUCUCCUCUCUCUCUCUCUCUCUCAUAUGGCAUGCCGAUGUGAAAUCAUGUUAACUUUGGAGAAGGUUGUGGCUGGAUUGGGGUCUGCUGGUUCCUCUUGCCACAAGGACAUUUAUAAAGCUGCCCGCCAAGCAAUGACUGACAGAUCCAUGGCUGUACGUUGUGCUGCUGCCAAGUGUAUGAUUCAGUUAGUGAAUGAAGCUCCCUUCAUGUACACCAGUGAACUUGAAACUGUUGCCUCCUUGUGUUUCCGAGCACUGGACGGCUCCAACUAUGAUGUACGGUGUGUUGUGGCUGUACUGCUAGGAAAUCUUAUGGCAACAGCACAAUCCCCUAAAGCUGCUUCUUCUGGUAAAGGUAAACAAGUAGAAGUGCUUAAUGUUCUGGCAGCUGGCUUUUUGAGGGGAGGGCUUGGCUUCCUGAAAAGUUCUGCAGCUGGAGAAAUGAUAAAAGGCAGUGGAAGUGUGAACAGAGAGAUUAGAGUUGGAGUCACUCAUGCUUAUGUGGAAUAUGUAAAAUGUAUGGGUGGCCUCUGGCUGGAACGCAAUAUUCCUGUAUUUCUGAACCAUGUGCUGAAUCUGGUGGGCAGCCCAAAGGCCACGCCAACACAUGUCGAUGCUGUGUAUGCACGCAAAUGUGUCUUGUUCAUUCUGCGCUCUACUAUUGGGGCCCUCCUGGGAGAAAAAGCCCAAAUUGCCGCUGCCAAAGAAAUCUCCCAGAUUAUAAUCAAGCAGAUGAAUGCUGUCGGAGAAGCUGUAAUGGAAAAUAGUGAUGGAAAAUCCCAAGCUUCUGAGGUAGCUGCCAGCCAACAUGUGCUGGUCUGUGCCCUGCACGAACUGGGCAGUCUUGUACAGCGACUUGGCUCUUCUGCCAGCCCUUUGGUUGCAGAACCAGCCACUGGGGUCAUCGAGCCUGUUGUGUCUGUGUUGAUCCACCCAAGCCAUGCUGCUCGCUUGGCUGCUUCAUGGUGUCUGGGCAGCAUUGCUGUGGCCCUGCCCUCACAAUUAUCACCAUUGCUUGAUAGAUGCAUGGAAAGAAUGGAAAAAUUAAAGAAUUCUCCAGAAGCCAUCUCCGAAUUUUCUAUAAUUUUUUUUUCUUGUCCUCACCCAUUCUUUUCUUCCCUUACCCUCUCCCCACUUCCUCAUUCCUUUUCUGUCUCUUCUGCUGUCCCCCCCUUCUGUCUCUUCUGCGGUCGCCCCCCUUUCUGUCUCUUCUGCGGUCGUCCCCCCCCCUUCUCUCUCUUCUGCGGUCGUCCCCCUUCUGCCUCUUCUGCGCCCCCCCUUCUGUCCUCUUCUGCGGUCGCCCCCCUUCUGCCUCUUCUGCGGUCGCCCCCUGCCCCUUCUGCGGUCGCCCCUGCCUCUUUCUGUGGUCGCCCCCUGCCUCUUCUGCGGUCCCCCCCUGCCUCUUCUGCGGUCGCCCCCCCCCCUUUCUGUCUCGCCCCCCUGCCCUUUCCUCUAAAGUUCUGCCCCUUCUGCGGUCGCCCCCCCCCUUUCGGUCCCCCCCUGCUUCUGCGGUCGCUUCCCACUUUCUGUCUCUUCUGCGGUCGCGCCCCCCACUUUCUGUCUCUUCUGCAGUCGCGCCCCCCACUUUGUCUCUUCUGCGCAGAAGAAUUAUUGAGAACAGCAUCCCAGAACAGUCGUCUUUCUCUACAGCGGACACAGGCUGGCUGGCUCCUCCUUGGAGCGCUCAUGACACUGGGUCCUCCUGUGGUGCGCAACCACCUUCCAAGGAUGCUGCUGUUGUGGAGAAAUGCAUUUCCUCGAUCCACAAAAGAACUUGAAUCUGAAAAAGUGCGCGGAGAUUCCUUCACUUGGCAAGUCACUCUGGAAGGACGAGCUGGAGCGCUUGGAACAAUGCAAAGUUUCCUACAAAAUUGCAGAGAACUGGUCACUGAAGAUGUCAUCCGUAGACUUUUGGCUCCUCUAGAAUGUGCUCUCAUUAUGCUCUCCCAUCUACCAAAUGUGAUCAAAAUUUAUGGCAAUCACUUGAAAGCACCAUCUGCUAUGGUCCGCCUGAGGCUCUAUGAUGUUCUUUCUUUGUUACCUCCAGAAUCAUAUGAAGGAACCUAUACAACUCUUUUACGGGAGUUGGUUGCCGAGUUCACCUUAACAGACAACCCAGCAAAUACAACCACAUCUCAUCUUCGUUCCAUGUGUCAUGUAGACGACAGUGUCAUUCUUGGUUCCUGGCUCCAAGAAACAGAUCACAAAGCAAUAGAAGACCAGUAUGAACCUAAUCGUAAACUGGAUACGGAGAAUGUGAGUACAACUAGUAUAUUCCAGCACUCUGCUGCUGGUGUGACAAACCCUUUUGCCUGCUACUGCUCUGCUCUACUGCUGCUACUAUUACUACUACUACUACUCAUAUGA